CCAAGCAAUAUCUAUCCAUCUCUCCGUCGUUCGUUAUAAACCAGAAGUUCAUAAAUACGGCGUUGGCAAGAGAGUGAUCAGAGGCAAACUCCAGAGAAGGCCAUCUCUCCAUUCAGACUUUGGAGAGAAACAUGGGCACCCCUUCUUGUACUCGCAGGCACGCCUUCCUCCUCCUGACGCUCCUGCAGCUGCUGCUCGUGGCGCCAUGGCAGGGUGGGACGGCAGCUCGAGCACUCAACUUCACGAGGCAGGAUUUUCCCAGGGACUUCGUCUUCGGGGCUGGCACAUCUGCGUAUCAGUACGAAGGGGCAACCGAUGAAGACGGAAGGAGCCCAAGCAUCUGGGACACUUUUACUCAUGCAGGGAGGAUGCCGGACAAGAGCACCGGCGAUCUGGGCGCAGACGGGUACCACAAAUACAAGAAGGAUGUGGAGCUGAUGAGUGACACCAGCCUGGAGGCCUAUCGCUUCUCCAUUUCUUGGUCUAGGCUUAUUCCAAGAGGAAGAGGACACGUCAACCCGAAAGGACUGGAGUAUUACAACAACCUGAUAAACGAGUUAGUGAAAAGGGGAAUUGAGAUACACGUAACCCUGUAUCACCUUGAUUUCCCUCAGAUCCUGGAAGACGAGUACCACGGCUGGCUCAGCCCUAGGGUCGUGGAGGACUUCACGGCGUACGCGGACGUGUGUUUCAGGGAGUUCGGCGACCGGGUGAAGCACUGGACAACCAUGGACGAACCCAACGUCAUCUCCAUCGCCGCCUACGACAGCGGCGCCUUCCCGCCCUGCCGCUGCUCCGCGCCGUUCGGGGUCAACUGCACCGUGGGAAACUCCACCGUGGAGCCCUACGUCGUAGGGCACAACUCCAUCAUGGCACACGCCUCCGUCGUCAAGCUCUACAGAGAAAAGUACCAGGCUACGCAGAAGGGCGUGGUCGGCAUGAACGUCUACAGCUUCUGGGACUACCCGUUCUCGCCGAGCCCCGCAGACGUGGCAGCAGCUCAGAGAUCAUUGGACUUCAUGAUCGGCUGGAUCGUAAACCCCUUGGUGUAUGGAGACUACCCUGAAAUCAUGAAGAAGAAGGUUGGGUCCCGGCUACCGUCGUUCACCAAAGAACAAUCCGAGAUGAUCCGUGGGAGCACUGAUUUCAUCGGCAUAAACCACUACACGUCAGUGUACAUCAGCGAUCGAUCGAACAGUGCAGAGGCUGGGCUCCGGGACUUCAAUGCUGAUCUGGCCGCUACCUUCAGAUUUUCUCGCAAUGAUCCACCCACUGGUCAGUUUAUCCCAUCCAACAUGCCGAACGAUCCACAGGGGCUGCAAUCUAUGCUCGAGUACCUCAGUGACACCUACAAGAACGUUCCUGUGUAUGUGCAAGAAAAUGGCUAUGGGCAGUUCUUCAAUGGCUCCAUCUAUGACCAUAAAAGAGUGGAGUACUUGAGUGGCUACAUUGGUAGCACCCUUGCAGCACUCAGGAAUGGAGCCAAUGUGAAGGGCUACUUUGUUUGGUCAUUCUUGGAUGUAUUUGAACUGCUGGCAGGCUACGAAUCGCGAUACGGUCUCUAUCAUGUCGAUUUUCAGGACCCGGAACUGCCAAGGGAGCCAAAACUCUCUGCCCAGUGGUACUCCAAAUUCUUGAGGAACGAAAUCGAGAUAAACAUAGAGAACAGGAUCAGUCCUGAUGCAAGUACGCAUGCCGAACAAUGAGAUUAUUGGCAGUGCAUAGAAAUAAAUUCAGAUUGGGGAGCUGGGGAAACAAGCAGAGGAAAAGAGAGUUUCUUGUCCUUUUUUGGGUUGGAAGAAACAUUUUUUCAUCGGUUUGUUAUAAUUAGUCUUGCUCAACAUUUGGUGUUCAUUAAUGAGUUAUAGCCAUGUAGGCACACUCUUCAGCUGUAGGCUGGAUGUCAUUGUUGUCACGAGUCACUAGUCAUUACUCAUAAAUAUUCAGAUUAAAUAAUACAGAGAUCCUGUGCUUGGAAAAAAAAAGGCAGAGAUCAAUUAAUCUUACAA